AUGACGCCCAUCCUCUCUGCUCUUCUCUGCCUCGGGCUGAGUCUGGACCAGAGGACCCGUGUGCAGGCAGGGACCCUCCCCAAACCCACCAUCUGGCCCGAGCCAGGCCCAGUGAUCCGCUGGGGGAGCUCUGUGACCAUCUGGUGUCAGGGGACCCCACGGGCUGAGGAGUACCUUCUGUAUAAAGAGGGAAGCACAGCCUCGUGGUACCAACAGAAGACACUGGAUCCCGGGGACAGAGCCAAGUUCUCCAUCAAAGACCUGACAAAUCCUGAUGCAGGGAGAUAUCGCUGUUCCUAUCGCAGUCCCAGUGGCCAGUCAGAGCGCAGUGACCCCCUGGAGCUGGUGAUGACAGGAUCCUUCAACAAACCCAGCCUCUCAGCCCUGCCCAGCCCUGUCGUGGCCUCAGGAGGGAUCGUGACCCUCCAGUGUGGCUCAGGGCAGGGAUUUGACAGGUUCAUUCUGACUAAGGAAGGAGGUGCGUCUGGGAAGCCGUCCCUCCUGACCCAGCAGGGCCCGAUCGUGGCCUCAGGACAGAGCCUGACCCUCCAGUGUCGCUCUGUUGUCGGCUAUGACAGAUUUGCUUUGCACAAGGAGGGGGGACGGGACCUCUCCCAGAGCCUUGUCCUGCAGCUCUCUCAGGCCCACUUCCUCCUGGACACUGUGAGCAGCUCCCACGGAGGCCGGUACAGAUGCUACGGUGGAUACAACCUCUCCUCGGAGUGGUCAGCUCCCAGUGACCCCCUGGACAUCCUGGUGGCAGGACAUCUGGCUGACACACCCUUCCUAUCGGUGCGGCCAGGCCCCAGGGUGGCCUCAGGAGAGAACGUGACCCUGCUGUGUCAGUCACAGCGCCCAAGGAACAUGUUCCUUCUGUCCAAGGAAGGGGCAGCUGAUCCACCCCUGCAUCUGAUAUCAAAGCGCCGAGCUCAGCAGUUCCAGGCAGAGUUCUCCAUGUGUCCUGUGACCUCAGCGCAUGGGGGCACCUACAGGUGCUACAGCUCACUGAACUCCUUCUCCUACCUUCUGUCACUCCCCAGUGAGCCCCUGGAGCUCCUGGUCUCAGGAGCAGCCCACACCAUCAGCCCAUCACAGAACAACUCAGACCCCAAGAGUGGUGAGUAG